AUGGCUGGGCACAAGAUAGCACACGCAACCUUGAAAGGCCCAAGCGUUGUGAAGGAGCUUGUUAUUGGUCUCGCAUUGGGGCUAGCGGCUGGUGGGCUAUGGAAGAUGCAUCACUGGAACGAGCAGAGGAAGACGAGAGCUUUUUACGAUUUGCUUGAGAGAGGCGAGAUCGUCUUAACCAACAGAUACGGCGGUGCGGACGAGACGUUAUCUUUACUGUAUUGUCAUCUUUACCUGAGGCAGUUCAAGGAAACACUGAAACAGACCAUGCUUGAGCAAGAAUCUGUCUCUGAAGAUCAGAUCCACGAGCUUCAUCGUCUUUACCAAAGGCAGAAGGAGCUCAUGAUGGAAAUGGAGUCCAGGAAGAAGCAUUCACUGGUUAAAAAUUCAAGCGUUGCCAUAUCCAUGACUAGCGUUUUGCCACCAGAGGGAGACGAGCCUGCCGAGAUCGAUGAAGCUGAGUUUCUUGGAGAUGAGAGUGAUUAUGAAAGAGCAGAACAAGAAAUGCAGGACCCACUGAUAUCUACAAAAAGUCAAGCUGAGAAUGGAAUCGACUUGGACAGGUCUCGGCUUCAAUCUGAAGAAGUAACUACUAGUCUCAAAACGGUAGAAUCUGAGCAACGACGAGAGUCUGUUUCAGCUUCAUUGCAAGGCAAGCUCGGAACAGAGCCAUCACGAUCUAUAGUUCUAGCGCUGCCAUGUUUGGAACACAUUUCACUCUUCCACAACCGUUCCUCAUGCUCUAGAAAGAAAGCAAAACCGAAACAAACUCUUUCUCGCAGCAAAGCCCGAAGAGGCUCAAAGAAUGGUAACCACAGCCAAGAGCAUCUGAGGAAAGGGAGUGCAAGUUCUCUGCCUGAGGCUAAAUCUGCUAGAAAUCUGACCAAACCAGGAAAGAAAAGACUUGGUAAACCACAAAAGGAACCAGACAAGGUUAUGAGAAAGAUUGCAAGAACCAAAUCCAAGACCAGAGGGAGCUUUCUUGUUACAGAGGAAGAGGAGCAAGAAGAAAAAUCUGCAGCAGCAGAGUCUCUAGUAGCUUUGUCAUUAUCAGAAUCAGGGAGAAGAAAGUCCAGCAUCGAAACCUCUGACUGUAUCACUCCUCUGCAUUGGUUCGCUAAGAUCGCUUCUUUGGUUGUUGAAGACUCAAAGAAUGAACUUGGAUUGUCAGCGACUGGAUUCCACUCUGAUUACCAAACAAACACUUCAGUCUCUACUAACACUGUUCAUCCUAAACGCAAGAGGACCCCACGGAGUCAGAGAAAGCGAAAACGACAACAACACGAAUAUCACUACAACGAGAUUCACCCGAGACUAAGAACUUUUACAGGAAACGAAGCUUCUCAGGAUCUAAGCAAGAUUGGAAGGCUAGUCAAAGUUUCUGAAACGAAGGAUACUCAGUGCAGCUUGAUGGAGAAUAUGAUAAUUGAUUGGGGAAUCUUAAGAAAACGAAGUAGAGGCAUCAGGACUCCUUCUGCUAAUACCAAAACUCCAUAG